GUAUUAAUCUAACUCUCUCUCUCUCUCGCUCUCUUUCUUUCAUCUCUAUCUCUCUCUCUCUCAAGAAAACAAAACUCUUUAAAUCCAAUACAGAAACACCCUUUUGUUUCAAUCAAUAAGUUCCUCCAUUUGAGGUAAUGGAUGUUAAAGGAAGAGGCCGAAGCAUGAGUUCCACCAGUCAAAUCGAUGAAGAUAUGGACCUUAGGAGAGGUCCCUGGACUGUUGACGAAGACUUCACUCUCAUCAAUUACAUUGCUAAUCAUGGUGAAGGUCGCUGGAACUCUCUUGCUCGCUGUGCAGGUUUGAAACGAACUGGAAAGAGCUGCAGAUUAAGGUGGCUUAAUUAUCUACGCCCUGAUGUUCGACGUGGAAACAUAACCCUACAAGAGCAGCUUUUGAUUCUUGAGCUUCAUUCUCGUUGGGGAAACCGAUGGUCCAAAAUUGCACAACACUUGCCAGGGAGAACAGAUAAUGAGAUCAAAAACUAUUGGAGAACCCGUGUCCAAAAACAUGCCAAACAGCUCAAAUGUGACGUGAAUAGCAAGCAAUUCAAGGAUACCAUGAGGUACUUGUGGAUGCCAAGGCUGGUUGAGCGUAUUCAGGCCGCGACUGUUGCCCCAGCCAACACUUCCAUCGCCGCCACCACCACCACCACUGCUACCACUGAAGCAUGUUCAAAAGGUUCAUCCACCUCCACCACAACCACCAUCAACAACAACAGCAAUAAUUACCACAUAAACAAUAAUAACCUAGAUGUCCAAACUGGACAAAUGGUUUUACCACAUGGGGUUGCUAUUGGCCAUGACUUUAGGGGUGCACAAGUUACACCAAGUUACAACACCCCAGAAAAUUCUAGUAAUACUGGCUCAUCAGACUCGUUUGGGGCUCAGGUUUCACCUGUCUCGGACUUGACUGAUUAUUACAAUAUCCCGGUUAAUAACAACCCUAGUCUUGAAUGUUUCCAAGCUAGCCAGGUUGGGUACCAAGGCAGCCUUACUAGCCCAUCUGGGUACUUCAAUAAUGGAUUGGAUUUCCAAGCUAUGGAGCAGAGCAAUCAGUGGCUAGAUGGUGGGGACACAUCAGACAAUUUGUGGAAUGUUGAUGACUUGUGGUUUUUACAGCAGCAACUCAACAACAACAACAACAACAACAACAACAACAUUUGAAAUGUGAAAAAUAAGAAAAGAGAAGGUGGAAAGUGGAAUUUAUGUGUAGAGAACAAGAAGAGAAGGGAAAAAAAAAACAUGGGGAAAACGAAAAAAGUGAGAAUUAUGAAGCUAGAAUAAUUAAUUUAGGAUACUUAAUUAUAGAUUUGUGAAAGACAUAACCGAGAGGUCUAAUUGUGGAUUAUUCAGUUUGUACCUUGUUUUUCAUUUUUCAUUUUUUCUUUCUUUCUAUUUGUGGGGUGGGGAAAUUUGUAAUUUGAGGUUUUUUACAAUCUCAUUCUUUGAAAUUGACCGUGUAGUUUUUUUUUUUUUU